UCUUCUGAACAUGACUCACGUGUCUGGAGCAUUACAAUAAAUUUUGGAAUACCCCACAUUGCUUUUCAUUUUUGCUAUACGUAUAACUGGCGGUGGAGGAGGCCAGUACAAAUACCUUUCCCCAUUACCUCGUAUUUUUACAUAUUACCCGAGAGAAUGCCAUUACAAUGACCACGAUUUCUGCAAGGAAUGUACCAAUAGAAUGUUUCCGAAAAUUGUACUUAGUAAGUUGCUUAGGUUUAAUUAAUUGUCCAACAUUUUUACCUCUCCUUUAGGAAAACAGAGGAGGUAUUUGGAACAAGUGGCCAUAUUUGGGAUCUGUUUUCAAUAUUCAAAACUAUCUUGAUGAAUUUUGGAUUAUAUGAAUUUUUGUAUGAAUUUGUCACAAUGUAUUGUAUUCAAUUGAUUCCAAUCACUUUAAUUCGUCUCCCAUUAAAUGUAUCCUCACACUUUGAUCCACUAUGCUUGUGCCCUGAAACGUUGCACUUCCGUAGUAAAAUGUUUUGCAAGGGCUUGCCCUGCAACUACACUCCUUGUGUGCCAGUAUUCCACCUGUUACCUUGUUCACUUUGAGAAAACACAUUUGUGUUGGCUAUUGACUCUGUGCCCCUACUGAGUGAAACUAUUAACUCCUCUUUGUAUAUACACUGUACUAAAGAAAAUAACUAGUUAAGCUUCAUUGCUCUUAUUGAUUCAUUUAUAACCAAAUUAUUUCCAUUUUUCAAUGGAGACACGGUCACAACCUGCAUCGUAUUGACUAUGAAUUACUUUGAAAAAAAUGUGAUUAGUCCUUGCAUAUGAUGCAAUCAGUUCAUCAUUGUCAUCUUUGCCUACCUGACUCUUUUUUUUUUUAAAAGUGCCUGUCCCAUGUAGUUUUAAAUGAUUUCCUCUUCAUACCUAUAAACUUCCUUAUUUAACCCACAGAGGGUGGUCCUUGACACUUUUACCUUUCCUUUUUAAGGUAAUACAUUUAUACUAAUAAUAGCAUUUUGAAUUACAGCAAUUUCUGUUGUGUGAUUCUGCAGAAAAGUUUAUGUCCCAAUACUUGCACUGAAGUAUUGAUCUUGUCAACUGCCUGUUUCUACCACAAAACAACAUAUCCACAGAAUUGUUUACUGAUUGUUUCUACCACAAUUCGAUUAAAACAACAUAUCCACAAUGUUUACAUACUACCUGCUGAUUGGUUUCUACAGGUGAUACGCACUUUAGCAAGCUUUGCCGAUAUCACAUAACCUCUUUUGAACAUUAGAAAUCUUGAGAUGGCCAUGAAAUGUACAAUAUUUGCUCCCACACAGUGUGGCAUGGUGACAGACGUGAGAUUCACAUCCUGGCUUUUGUGCUUGAUUUAAUGUAAAGCCUUUUUUACGUUGAAGCUAAGCUAGGGUUAACUACUGCAGCCUCUUCUUCCUUUAGCAACCGCGCUGUUGCUGUGCAAGCAACUAAAUCUGCAAGGUCGAACUGUCUAACAUUCAAACAGCUAACAACUAGAAUUCGCACAAUGGCUGAUUGUUCUCUAAUAAAGACUUCAACUAAAGCUAUACCCACAAACAUUGCAGGUCUUAUAUAUAACAUUUAAAUGAAGCCUUUUGGUGAUUUUUCUAAUAUUGUGUGCCAUUUGAUUAUCACAUGAAUCACUAAUUUUACCACUGAAACAUUGGCAUUCUAAGUACUAAAGUCCAUCCCUUUGGUUUGCAUGAAGCACUGUACUUACAACAAGGGUACACAUAUACGCUAUGUAAGAUAGGGUGGUGGGCUUAAUUUGCAGCCAUCCAGAAUGACCUCUCUGCGCCAAGCCCUACAAGUUAAGGGAUGGGGCUUGAUUAUGUAUACUUGCACUUGCCCCACCUCUCUGAUGACAUCAGAGGGCACAAUUAUAUAAAUUAGCAUGGCGACCCAGAUUGAAUGAGGGUGAUGUUAUUGCAGGUUAGGGUUGGCUGUGGAUUUUUCAACUGGCACAUCAAUACUUUAGACCUGUGUUCUGUCAGGUGAUCAGUGAGUGACACAUAGAACACUGCAAAAUGGAGACUAUAGCUAAAAUAUGAAAAAAGGGUUAUAUUUACUCAUGUGUAUGUGCCAAUUUAGAUUCCUUGAUAGGUCACUUAUUACGAUAUAAAUAAUCUGCUGUUUAAGUUUUAGUUUAGAACCAUAUAAUUCUUUCGUGCUAGCAGGGUUUGAGGACAAAAGAAGUUUAAAGAAGUAGUUUGCUUAACAGGAUAGGUGGGUCUUCUUUUAUGCCAUAAAAAUACUAAAACAUGUAUUCAGAUGUCUGCAAUUAUUCAUUUACUGGUGUUAAUUCUAAAAGUUCAAAAUCCCUCUUGCCAUAGACACCUAGCUCUGAUACAUUCAUGUCCUUCCAUUUAAUUUUAGAGUUCCACACAAAAUAAACUUUAUUAAAAUUAUUAUUAUUGCCACAUCACCUCCAUUGUUUAUCGCUUGAAGCAUUGGCAUCCUCCUCUCUCUCUCUCUCUGUGUUGAUAUUUCUAAUUUAUUGUUUUGACUCUACUCUAUCCUCAUUGGCUCCUUCUGCUGGAUGACUCAGUUCUCCACACACAUACUCCUACCCCCUCCCACACAUUGCUCCAUUCAUAAAGUAAUAUCAAUGCGCAGUGUCUGUGACAAGCAAGCACACUCACAUCUUACUUGGAUUCCGACAGAGAAAGAAGAUAGAGGAGAUGACAACAGUAGGCAAUGAGAUUAUGAAGGCAGGGCAAGAAAAGCAGUGAAGAAGAAGCAGAAGAAGAGGAGUACAGGCAGAGUAGGGGAAAGGGUUGGAGAGGGGGCAAUGGAGAAAAGAAGGUCUCUAAUGGGGGGAGAAGAGAUUUGAAAUACUUCAAGGAAAGGGAAACAUUAGCACAAAAGAGACAAUUCCAUACGUUGGUGUCCUGGGUCUGUCUGGAAACAACACAGUUUGCUUGUGCUCUUGUCCAUUGUUUUCUUUUUCAAUUUGAAUAGAACUGUACAGUCGAAAAAAAGUCUUGUUUUUUGGUAAUCCUGCAUAUAAUUCUCUAUGCCAUAUUAGAUAUAUUAGAAAAGAUGUAUUUGAAGCACAAUUAACUGUGCAGAUGAUUCUUUGUAGUGUAUAGGUAGUCCCUAAUACUGUAUUAUUUUAUGGCUAAAUCUCUCACACAUAUAAUUGUGCUAACAGGCAAUUGGUUUGCAAAUAUUUAAUUGGUGAGAUCAGUCUGUCAUUUCAGUUUAAAGCAAAUUGUGCCUGCUUGUGAUUGCGCAUGUACAUGUUUACAGCUUUGUCGCUAUGGAUAUAUGUUAAUAUUGCAGGGAUGCGUAGGGUGCAGUUCUGUUUCUCUGCAUGGAAUACCAUUCUGUGCAUUUUUGUGUACAUGGGUAAAUAAUUGUUUUUGUUAAAGUGUUACUGCAUAGUGCAGUGUUUGUGUGUGAUUCAGUCUGUCAGCGUGUUGUUGUGUACAGUUGUGCGUUUAAAUUUUUUCAAUAUAAUUGUUUAAAUAGCCCUAACAUGUUGGUGAGCUUUCAUCUCAUUGUUGCUGCCCACCAAGGUAUAUAAAUAACCUUUGUUUCCUGGCAUAUUUCUGUGUGUUUGUCACUGUUGAAAUAGUGUUUUGGCUAUUUAGUGUUUUUGAAGGCUGCAUAACUAUAGCAUUCAGCUAGAGAUAGCUGUAUAUGUGUAUAUAAGUGUUUAGUUUUCCUUUAUUGUGUUACUUUAAAGUGUUUCAGUGUGUGUGUAUAUGCAGCAUUAACGUGACUGUUUUAUUUAUCCUUUAAACCUGCUUGUCUCUCAUAUGUGCUGGGGUUUCCUUUCUGGAAAGUAUUAAUUUGUUGGUGAUUGUAAAAAUUGCUAGUGUAAAGUGAGUGGUAGUGAGGUGCCUCAGUGAGUUAGUACAUCUGCCAGUGAGAUGGGAGGCUACGAACUUUACAUACUGCUACUUAUUUUGACAGUAACUGUGGUGGAAGGACACUGCCCACCUAAAAUCACAUGUAUCCUGAAGAAGAGAGAGAUGUGCACUCCUGGUGGCUAUGACUGUGGCCCUUGUAGGUCUCCAUACAUGGAGACAGCAAGUGGGAAAUGUAUAUUAAAAGGAAACAGGUCGAAGUUUACUGGCCCUGAUGCAAUAAUUGACUUUCUGCAAAACAUGUUGAACUCUAUGAAUGAAGCCGGUCUUGCAGCUCCUAGUAGCACAGUUAACCCAGCUGCACCCAUUUUUACAUCUCCCUCCUUACAACCUGUAUUUCGCAAAAAUUCCACUAUGAUGGAUACCAGGAAACUUACUUCUACAACUUCUCCUGCACGUGAAAAAAAUGCAAACGUUAAUCGGAGAAACAAGUCUGUCAACAAGAGCCUUUCACUAACUUUGAUUGUAAUCUGCAGCCUGACUGGGGUCUCAGGAAUACUUGUUGUUGGACUAUGCUGGUAUCGUUUACAGAAGGAAGUGCAGCUGGCACAAAAAAUAGCAUACACCUCAUGCUCAGACCGUCACCAGCACAUUUGCAAUAGGUCUGCUGGUCACAUUUCCCAUUACAUUCAACAGUAUCAAACCAAGAAACAGCAGCUUCAGGCACAGGAAAGGUCAUCAGUGCAUCCUUAUAAGCAGCUCUCCACUGACUCUGAACCGGACACUGACGAUUGUUCUAUCUAUGAAUGUCCAGGAUUAGCUCCGACAGGAGAAAUGGAAGUUCACAACCCACUCUUUGAUCCAGUAAGGACUUCACAGUGAUGCUAUCUGCAGUAGAUUCCUGCAACUUGGAUUAUUGUGCACACUCAGUUUUUUUUUUUUCUUUAAAUGCAUGUAUUCUCAUUUUUACAUUGUGUCUCUUUACUGAAAAAUAAAGUAUUGCUUCAACAUC